UUUAAAGACGCGCGCUGCGUCAGGGAGGGGCGGUACUCCGCGGGACGGUGCGGGCUGCGGGAGCUGCAGGUGCGGUUAUCUCUAAUCACCAGUAUCGGAAACUGAUCGAUCAGAUCCACCGAUCAGCAGCAGAGAGAUCUCCAACAGCGCGUGAAUGAGAAGAACCCAGAAUGACCCUGAAUCAGAACCAUUCCGAGUCCGGGGGAGUCAUCAUCAACAACAGCGAGAGUGUUCUGAUGUCCUAUGAAAACGUGGAGCUGUCGUUCAGUGAUGCUGAUCGUUUACCAGAGCUGUUCAAGAAGAGCAAGAAGGGGAGCAUCUAUCUCACUCCGUACAGGGUAAUCUUCGUGACAAAGGGGAAGGAUGCUCUUCAGUCCUUCAUGAUGCCAUUCUAUCUAAUGAAGGGCUGUGAAGUCAAACAGCCUGUUCUUGGAGCCAACUACAUAAAGGGUGCGGUGAACGCUGAACCAGGGGGUGGUUGGGAGGGAUCUGCCACCUUCAAACUCAUCUUUAUCGCUGGAGGAGCUAUCGAGUUUGGGCAGUAUAUGAUGCAGGUGGCAGCUCAGGCCUCCAGAGGGCAGCCUGUGAUUGGAAAUGUUGGGAAUAUGGGCUGUUCGUACAUGGCUAACGGUGCGUACUCAUACGCUCCUCCCCCUCCAGCCAACGGCAUCUACUCCACCGGACCAGCACCGCCUGGCUACGCCUAUCCUGGGCCUCCACCCCCUGGUGCAUUCUACCCCAGUCCUCCUGGUUUUGAUGGUCCUGCUGCGUACAUGCCUCCGCCCCCUUAUUCUGCUUCAGUUGGCCAAGCCCCCUUAGACCCAGACCUUCCCCGGACCCCUGCAGCUGAAGCAAAGGCAGCCGAGGCAGCGGCGAGUGCAAGCUCCGCCUCUCUCGCGUCGACUCACGUUUACCUCCCAGAGGACAAGCCCCCGCCUUACUCUCCACCUGACGACAAGAAGAACCAAUAAAAUCUCAGCAUUACAGCCGCCCUCCUCUCACUCACCCUGCAUCUCAUUAAAUCAGCUCUACUAACUGUGUCCUCCUGUACGAUUACAGAGAGAGAGAGAGAGAGAGAGAGAGAGAAAGAGAGGAGGAGAGAAAGAGACGGAGAGAAAGAGGGAGAGAAGAGCUUAAACCUUUAGGACUGUUAGCUGAUGAGCAGUGAACCGUCACAGCAGAGCAGAAUCAUGGAGUUCUGUAAUUUACUCUCUACUGUAAAUGUAAUGAACUGACUGUGGAGCUUUUUUAGGUGGACGGUUGAUCUUGUGUGAGUGAGGACUCGGUGCUUCAAAUGGUUCUUUAAUCGAUACGUAGAAGAACCGCUUUAGGUUCUAGAACGGAGAAUGUGUUUGUAAUAGAGGUGGAAAAUCAAACAAAGGUUUUUUGAAUACAUUCCUUAGUCAACAAAGAACCAUAUUUGGUCCAGAACCAUUUUUUGAAGCACCUUUAUAUUUAAAAGUGCAUAAGUAACAGGAGGAUGAUGAUAAUGAUGAGGAGGAGGAUGAUGAUCAGGGAUUGUAGGAGCAGCAGGUUUGGACAGUGUGAAAAGAAGGACUAAUCAUUACUGUGUUUGGGUUCUGAUCUGAUCUUCAGCAGCCUCUCACCUCCAUGCUGUCUCCAGAAUGUGUGUAUUAACCUGAACCAAAGCGCUGCAUACCGUGGAUCUGCUGUACCGUCACUUUUGGCCCUCUUACGCUUGUGUCUGUCGCCAUUCUGAAGCUUGACUUUAUUACAGCACUUUAACCUUGUCAUGUACCCCCCCCCUCCCCCGUGUGCAUAUAUGUUUAUUGAUAUUAUUUUUAAUUUAUUACAUGAAUUGUUUGAACUGUGUAACCAGUCUAGCAUGGUCUCAGCUGUAUCGUCUAAUGUAUAAUGGAUUGUAUUUUAUUAAAUUUAAAGUAUCAGAGAAAA